AUGUCCUUGAAACCACGAGUAGUUGACUUUGAUGAAACAUGGAACAAACUUCUAACCACGAUUAAAGCUGUUAUUACGUUGGAUUAUGUUGAGAGAGCAACGUGGAACGAUCGCUUCUCAGACAUUUAUGCUUUGUGUGUGGCCUAUCCUGAACCUCUUGGAGAGAGACUUUAUACUGAGACUAAGAUUUUUUUGGAAAAUCACGUACGCCAUUUGCACAAGAGAGUUCUGGAAGCUGAAGAACAAGUACUGGUUAUGUAUCACAGAUACUGGGAAGAGUAUAGCAAAGGGGCAGAGUAUAUGGACUAUUUAUACAGGUACCUCAAUACACAGUUUAUUAAGAAGAACAAAUUGACUGAAGCUGAUCUUCAGUAUGGUUAUGGAGGGGUGGAUAUGAAUGAACCUUUGAUGGAAAUUGGAGAGCUAGCUCUUGAUAUGUGGAGAAAAUUAAUGAUUGAGCCACUGCAGGCCAUCCUCAUUCGGAUGCUCCUCCGAGAAAUAAAAAACCCAAGCACUCCUCCUUCAAGGCAAGCUGAAUAUCAACUUGCGCAUUUUUGUUCCAACACAACAGGAAGCCGACAAGAUCUUGAAUUUGAUCGCUGUGGAGAAGACCCAAACCAGAAAGUAAUCCAUGGGGUUAUUAACUCCUUUGUUCAUGUUGAACAGUGUAAGAAAAAAUUCCCCCUAAAGUUUUAUCAGGAAAUUUUUGAGUGUCCUUUUCUGAAUGAAACAGGGGAGUAUUAUAAACAAGAAGCUUCAAAUUUAUUGCAAGAGUCAAAUUGUUCACAGUACAUGGAGAAGGUUUUAGGUAGAUUAAAAGAUGAAGAAAUGCGAUGUCGGAAGUACUUACAUCCCAGCUCUUAUGGCAAAGUGAUUCAUGAAUGCCAACAGAGGACAGUAGCUGAUCACUUGCAGUUUCUACAUGCAGAAUGUCACAAUAUUAUCAGACAAGAGAAAAGAAGUGACAUGGCAAAUAUGUAUACUCUCCUUCGUGCUGUGUCAAGUGGUUUACCUCAUAUGAUUCAGGAACUACAAAACCAUAUCCAUGAUGAGGGCCUUAGAGCAACCAGCAAUCUUUCUCAGGAAAAU